GACAACCGGUCUACCACACGUCCAGCGCUCGCCAUGAAAUUCUCCAAGGUCACCUCCCUGCUCGCCGCCGCUGGCGCUGCGAGCGCUGCCUCCUUGCAGCAGGUCUCGAACUUCGGUACCAACCCCACGGGUGUGCAGAUGUUCAUCUACGUCCCCGACCAGCUCGCCGCGAACCCGCCGAUCAUCGUCGCGAUGCAUUACUGCACGGGCACUGCGCAGGCGUACUUCCAGGGCACGCAGUACGCGAACUUGGCGAACAGCAUGGGCUUCAUUGUCAUCUACCCCGACGCGCCCGACUCUGGAGGCUGCUGGGACGUCCACUCGGACGCGACGCUCACGCACGACGCGGGCGGCGACUCGCUCGGCAUCGCGUCCAUGGUGCGCUACACGAUCGACCAGUACGGCGCGGACCCGGCGCGCGUGUUCGCGACGGGGACGAGCUCGGGGGCGAUGAUGACGAAUGUCCUCAUCGGUGCUUACCCAGACCUCUUCGCGGCUGGCGCGGCGUUCUCGGGCGUGCCCUACGGCUGCUUCGCGGGCCCGUCGAUGUGGAACUCGCAGUGCGCGCAGGGGCAGCUUAUCAAGAGCGCACAGGAAUGGGGCGACCAAGCCCGUAGCGGCUACUCCGGCUUCAGCGGGACGCGUCCGAAGAUGCAGGUCUGGCACGGGUCUGCUGACACGACGCUCUACCCGCAGAACUUCUACGAGGAGGUCAAGCAGUGGACCAACGUCCUCGGCUACGCCGAGGGCUCGGGCACGAACUCGUCGAACGACCCGCUGUCGGGGUACACGCGCACGACGUACGGUCCCGACUUUGAGGCGAUCUUUGCGCAGGGCGUGGGGCACACGGUGCCCGAGCAGGCGAAUGAUGUGCUGAGGUUCUUCGGGUUGGCUUGAGGGUGAUCGAUGAGGGGUUGUAGUAUCGUGUUUGAUUCAAGAAAAUGUGAGCUAUUGGAAUCUGGGUCCAUGUUGUACAGGGUAUUGGGUAUGCUGGAAUACACGACUUGUUUGCGCGCCUGACUGCCAGCUUUUUUCCGAAUAUCCUUUCGGCCGAUGUGUAUGUUGGACCCUGUUGCUCGUGGUCAUCUGUUUGCUCAUCUGGGCGCCUGCGCUUCAGUGAUGCCCUUCUAGCGCUGCAGGUGAGUCCCUCAGUGAUUCCUACUCUGCCUGUUCU